GAGUGUGAUUCGCGGCUGGUUCGUGCUCAGCAGCAAUCAAGCUAUAUAUGUAUCAUAGCUCUCCGCACCAUCGAUCCGUUUCACACAGGUCAGAAACACGGUUAGCUGAUGGUGAGCAUCACCCGCCGCCGUCGCGCGACCACUCAGAUUCGUCGCUUGAGCAACUCAGGCGCAGUAGCGUCCUCUCGAUCUACUCAACAUUACUCUCUCACCACCACGACCCCACAUUCGAUCGUGACUCGGGACCAUCAUGAGACCACUGAGUGACUAUGACUUUGAUGCCCGAGCAGCGCGCAGCAGCCGCACAGACUCUC